UCCGAAACAAACUCAAACAAAAAACGAGCGAAUGCAACUGUGCAAGUUCUGUCCAGUUGUGUAGCUCACAAAUUUGUGGAGAUCUCUCUGGUGUCAAUUUCCCUCCAAAAACUUGCAGAACCGCCUUCUUUUGCCCAGCUUUGUUUGCCUGCAAAAUUUCAUGUAGAAAUGAUAAUCGACGAAAUAUCAUCGCAGAAUCCCCGGCGAUUCGGCCACGAUGAUCCUCAUUCUCACAUAUGCUCUCAAAUGGAGUUGUCAAUCAAGGAAAUUGAACGGCACUCGCCGGGAAAUCCAUUGCCGGGGACCCUCUCCUCGGAGCUUCAGCGCUGCAUUGUUCAACUAUCUCCGCUCGUACCGCUUCCUAACUCAACCAAGCUCCAGAUAUGGAAACUCAGCUACCGCCUCUGGAACGCCUGCGUCGACCUCUCUAAUGCCGCAGGAGUCAAAUCCUCCGCCUACAAACUGAAUGAAGAACACGCGAAACUACGGCAAGUCUCCGCUGACCUACUUUUCCUCGCUGGAGAUGUAUCUGGUAUUCCUUCACCGGCUUUUAAAACCGCCUCCUUCUUCUACAAGACCGGCCUUAUUUGGCACGAGCUCAGGAAGUACGACCUCGCUAGCAAUUGCUUUGAGAAGGCUACGGAUCUAACAUCAAAAGUCGAAAUCAGUUCGGUUUCAGAUGGCGAAGAAAAAAAGCUUUUAUUAGACAUCAAUAUUGCUCGAUCCCGAACAGCUUGGGAGGUCGCUGAUCGGAAUUUAUGCAUCACUUUAUUAAAUCGUUCGAAGAACCUACUCUUUGGUGUCGCAGAGAACUACAGAGCUUUAGCAAACCAGUAUUUGAUAUUUGCAAGGACACUACUUGCAAAAAACGAAGUUUCAGGAGUGAAUGAAGAAUCAAAAUUGAUGAAUGAAGCACUAGAGUUAUGUGAGAAGGGAUUGAAAAUAGUUAAAAAGAAGGAUGAGACAUUAGCUUUGAAGGAUCUGAAGUCAAAGACACUUAGAUUUAUGGCAGCAUCUCAUUUGCAGAGAGAUGAAUUUGAGAAUGCAUUGAGGUGUGUGAAGUUUUUGAGAAGUGGCGAGAGGGAUGAGCACCCUAGUCUCAGUGUGCUGGCCAUGAAGGCUUGGUUAGGGUUGGGCAGGUUUGGAGAAGCAGAGAAGGAGCUAAGGGGGAUGGUGUUGGAUAAUGGUAUUCCAGAGGGGAUUUGGAUUUCAGCAGUAGAGUCAUAUUUCCAAGCUGUGGGGGCUGCAGGAGCUGAAACAACGAAGGGCGUAUUUUUGGGACUUCUAGGAAGGUGUCAUGUCAGUGCCGGUGCUGCACUGAGGAUUGUUAGUAAGGUGAUUGGAGACGGCGGAUAUGAUGGAAAGGAUGCAAGAGUGAGGGCAAAGGUGGUGGCUGAGCUGGCAUCUGAUGACAGGGUGGUGGAACUCUUCUCUGGAGAGCCAUCUGCCAAGGAGAGGACCGCCAUGCAUGCUAUUCUUUGGAAUUGGUAAAUUUACGGAUAUGGACAUUAUUCCUUCUUCAAGUGUUUGAAUGUUUUAGUGUCGUUUUGGUAAGAGUUGUUUGGAUGAAAUCCGCUGCACUUUUAGAAUUGAAUAAUGUUCCUUGAUAUCCGUUUCAGUAGAAAGCUAUAAAAUUUUCUAGAACCUAUCCAAUUAUGGAGGGAUCCCAACCAAAAGCUACUUAUUCUGAUUACUUUGUUGACAAGUAGAAUAAGACAACUAAUUGAUGUCACAAAUGGGGCCUUACCUAUCUUGCAUUGCUAUUGUCAUGAGCAGAACGCAGCAUUCUAUGGUAGCUUUACAGUAUUCUACAUCUUUGAAAAUGGUAAGUUUGAAAGAAGUUAGUAGAUUAAUCAGGACCGAAAGAACCAAUUCCUCCAGUCCUUGCUUCAGUAUUCAAGAAUAAUGUGAUUUAGAUAAGUUGUCGCCACUGCUUUGUCUUUUUCCUGGAAACAUUUGAAUAUCAUACUCUUCCAAGUUCAAUCAGAGAGUAUCUGGUAGAGAGUUUUGUUCCUUUUAGAUCUUUUAUUUGUGCAUAACCAUACAAGCUACCAUACUUCCCAAACAAGAUAAACAACCAAUAUCAGUGCUCCUAUAAAGAUGAGGCUUAUUCAAUUGUUUAAAUUAUUAAAUCUGUAGUGCUGCUGAACAUUUCCGUUCAAAAGAUUACCAGACCAGCGCAGAUAUUUUUGAGAAAGCUAUGCUUUAUGUUCCUUAUGAUAUGGAGAGUAGAACUCUCAGGGCAAAUGGCUAUAGAGUUUUGUGCCUCUGUCAUCUUGGCCUCUCGCAGCUUGAUAGAGCUGAAGAGUACAUUAAUGAGGCUGAAAAGGUAUGUUUGAAAUUACUGAAAAAGAAAUGUUUCUGCUUUCUCCAGUUUUGAUCUACUAAUACUUUAUACAAUUUGCAGCUUGAACCAACUAUAGCCUCAGCCUUCCUCAAGUUUAAGGUGUACCUACAGAAAAAAGACAACACUGCUGCCACUUCCCAGGUUAAAGCAAUGUUGAGUUGCCUAGAUUUCACUACUGACUUUCUCUUGCUCGCGGCUCAUGAAGCUACAGCUUGCCAUUCACUUCCAGUUGCCAUUGCUUCUUUUUCACAUAUCUUAGACUUCUAUUCCGCCGGGAAAUCAAUACCAACCUCUGAGGUAGUGAUUUUCCGGACAUUAAUCGAACUUUUAUCUCAAGAUCGUAACAGCGAUUCUGAUAUCCUUAAAAUUGUGAAACGAGCUUAUGCCCGAAUGUGUGAACUUGGACCAAAAGCCUUUUUUGGGAAUGGUGAAGUUGGUAGACGAGAAAGAAAUUGGUUUUCUGUGAGUGCUUGGAAUUCCGGAGUAAGAACUGGAAAGGAGAAAAAGUAUGACUUAUGUGCAGAAUUCUUCAGGUUGGCAUCGGAAUUUUAUAGUGUUGUGACUGAUGAAGAAACAGAGGGGAACACUGUAAUGGUUUGCCAAUCACUGAUAUUGGCUGUAUCUUCCAUUAUUGCUGAUGAGAAGUACAAAAAUGUUACACUAAUGGAGACUGAAGUCAAACAGGCCAUUGCAAUGCUUGCUAGGGUGCAGAAGAUAAUUACGUCAACCGUCGGUGAAAAUGACAAUCUAAUAGCAACUAUUGGGCACGACUUAUUCUUUUCAUACACAUGGUGCGCUUAUGAUCUCUAUGGGAGGCUGGAUGGAAUGGGUCCCCAACAGCUUCUCCUAAUAAAACAGCUGGCCAGCUCAAAAGGCAGCAAUCCUGACCAUCUUCUCCAGAUAGGCCUCGAUGCCGCACAAGGACCACGGUCAAACCACGAAGUAGCAUCAUUAGCACUAAAUGCGUGCCUCUCUGCCCUCCUGGCUGCCCCACUGCCCGACUACACAACCGUCGCCCUCAUCCUCAGAAAACUAAUCUCUCUCGGGACUAUCCGGUUAGGCGAUACAUGUGAUGAUAGUGUAAUGGAAUUGUAUAAGCAAGCAUACAGGAUUAUGGUGGGGCUGAAGGAAGGGGAAUAUCCGGUUGAAGAGGCGAAAUGGCUGUCUAUGACUGCGUGGAACCGGGCAGCUGUCCCGGUGAGGGUGGGGCAUAUAGAUACAGCCAAGAGGUGGAUGAGUAUGGGGUUGGAGCUAGCUAGGAUGGUUCCCGGGAUGGAGACUUAUAAGUCGUGCAUGGAAGAAUUUGUUGCAGGAUUUGGAGAGAAAAUUGAUGGGCAGGGCGAGACUACUAGAAGCAGUGGUAAGUUAGUCAGCUGAGGCUAAUUCUGCUUCUGUAAAGAUUGAUCAAUGGAUGGUCUAGUAUCAAUAGGCUGUGGGGCAUUCAGGCCCGCCUCAGUAUCCUUGGCCUCUGUUUUGCUAGAUUUGAAUUAGCAUUUAGCACAUAGCUAGAUGAGUUGGAUAGUUUACGCGGUUGAUCUAGUUCUUUACCGUUUAAUUAGCUAGACGGUGUGGGAGAUAUGGUGUACAGUCAACAUUAGGGUUAUGAGAAUGAGUGGAAACUGGAAAAUACAGAAUUAGUAGGAAAAGUUGUGAGUUUAACUACACACUGAUCACUGAUGAGUGUCUAU